AUGGAGAAAUCUGAUCCUCCGCCGAAGCUCGCCGCAAUUGUCCCUCCCUCCGAUCCGAAUCCAAAUCCUAAUCCAAAUCCCGAUCCCAUUCCCUCCUCUUUCCACCGCCGAUCUCGCUCCGAUGACAUGUCAAUGUUCAUGUUCAUGGAUCCGCUCAUCUCCUCCUCCGGCGCACCACCUUCCUCCGACGACCUCCCCUCGGACGACGAUCUCUUCUCAUCGUUCAUCGAUGUCGACAGCCUCUCCUCAAAUCCGCAUCCGCCGUUCGCAUUUCCGAAUCCCUCCGCCGGCUCUCUCUCCUCUAACUCCGUUUCCGCCGCCAAUCCUCCGCCAGGUUCCUCUCGCCCUCGCCACCGCCACAGCAAUUCCGUCGACGCUGGAUGCGCCAUGUAUGCCAAUGAAAUCAUGGACGCAAAGAAAGCCAUGCCUCCCGAAAAGCUCUCCGAGCUUUGGAACAUCGAUCCCAAACGCGCCAAAAGGAUAUUAGCGAAUCGGCAAUCUGCAGCACGUUCCAAGGAGAGGAAAGCAAGAUACAUUCAGGAACUUGAGCGUAAAGUUCAAUCGCUUCAAACCGAAGCCACCACUCUCUCUGCUCAGCUUACUCUUUUCCAGAGGGACACGAAUGGAUUGGCAAACGAAAACACAGAUCUGAAACUCAGGUUACAAGCAAUGGAGCAACAAGCUCAGCUUCGUAAUGCUCUAAAUGAAGCAUUGAGGAAAGAAGUGGAAAGGAUGAAGAUGGAGACAGGGGAGAUCUCUGGUAAUUCAGAUUCGUAUGACAUGGGAAUGCAGCAGAUUCAGUAUUCCCCAUCAACAUUCAUGGCGAUUCCACCAUAUCACGGCUCAAUCAACGGCCAGGAAAUGCAGAUGCAUGGUUUCAAUCCAAGCCAUCCGAUGGAGAUGUCGAAUGCUCAGAGCGUAUCGGAGUUUCUACAGAACGGGAGAUUGCAAGGGCUAGAGAUAAGUAGCAAUAGCUCGAGCUUAGUCAAAUCUGAAGGACCUUCGCUCUCUGCUAGUGAGAGUAGCUCUGCGUAUUGA